GCUUCCCAGCGGAGAGGUGACAGUGGUUUUCCUUGAGGCUUUGUUUGGCUGCUGGCUGGGCUUUCUGCCUUUGGCUCGGAGGGGCUCAGAAGUUGAACAUACCUGUGCCCGGAAAAACCCUUAUUUUGGCUGCUGAUCCCUUAUUUUUGAGGCUGCUGGUCCCUUAUUUUCAAAUCUGUAAGUUGACAGCUAUGCCCCCUUGUAAAAGGAAGCCCAUGGUUUAACUCUGAGCUGCAUGGAGAAAUCCUUCCCCCACCCUCAUCCUAAAUACUCCCAAUGGUUUCACAUCCCUGGGCGUCCCCACAAGUUCUACCAGUAGGAGAGAGGGAGAAACAAACAAUUUCUCUCUCUGCGCAGGCAACGCCUCUUUGCAGAACUCCCAGAAGGAGCUGUAUGGCACCGUCAUGCUGGAGAACGUCGAGAAGAUGAAACAGGACCUCCUGGCCAAGGCGGAGGCGCUGGGCAAAGAACUACCUCUCAACACCUUGGACGAACUGAUCGAUCACUUUGGGGGCCCGGAGCACGUGGCAGAGGUAGGUAGCAGCAGGCCCACGACGACAAUAAUAAUGAUAAUGAUGUUGGACCAGUCUCUUGCCUCGGUAAUGGGCUGGAUGAGAGCCAACAGACUGAAGCUCAGUCCAGAUUAGACUGAGGCUCUGUUAGUGGGGACGUGGUUGGCGCUGUGGGUUAAACCACAGAGCCUAGGACUUGCCGAUCAGAAGGUUGGCGGUUUGAAUCCCCGCGAUGACGGGGUGAGCUCCCGUUGCUUGGUCCCUGCUCCUGCCAACCUAGCAGUUCAAAAGCAUGUCAGAGUGCAAGUAGAUAAAUAGGUACCUCUCCGGCGGGAAGGUAAACGGCGUUUCCGUCCGCUGCUCUGGUUCGCCAGAAGCGGCUUAGUCCUGCUGGCCACAUGACCCGGAAGCUGUACGCCGGCUCCCUCGACCAGUAAAGCGAGAUGAGUGCCGCAACCCCAGAGUCGGUCACGACUGGACCUAAUGGUCAGGGGUCCCUUUACCUUUACCUUUUACUGUUAGUGGGGGGUUCCCUAGACCAGAUGGCUGGCUCUGGAUGGGGUCACACUUCCCCUGAAGGAGAAGGUUCGUAGCUUGGGGGUCCUCCUGGAUCCUUUGCUGUCGCUUGAGGCUCAGGUGGCCUCAGUGGCACAAAGUGCCUUCCAUCCUCUUCAGCUGUGCCCAGCUAUGCCACUAUCUGGACAGGGAUGGUCUAACUACUGUUGUCUGUGCUCUGGUGACCUCAAGGUUAGAUUACUGCAGUGCGUUCUACGUAGGGCUGCCUCUGAAGACAGUUCGGAAACUUCAGCCAGUGCAGAAUUCAGCGGCCGGGUUGCUCACCAGACGGCAAGAUGGUUUGAUCAUCUUACACCCAUCCUGGUCCAACUGCACUGGCUACCGAUCAGUUUCUGGGCCCAAUUCAAAGUGCUGGUUUUGGCCUAUAAAGCCUUAAAUAGACCGCAAUUCCCCAAGGACUGCCUCUUUCCAUAUAAACCUACCCGGACCCUGAGAUCAUCUUCUGAGGCCCUCCUUCGCGUGCCUCCUCCUCGAGAGGUCCGGAGGGUGGCAACAUGAGAACGGGGCCUUUUCUACAGUGGCUCCCCAUCUGUGAAACACUCUCCCUAGGGAAGUUCGCCUGGCGCCUUCAUUAUACACUUUUAGGCGCCAGGCAAAAACGUUCCUUUUUAACCAGGCCUUUGGUUGAUCUGAUCCGAUUUACAUCCUCUGCCCUUUUAAAAUGUUUUUUUGGGGGGGCGCUAUUGGGUUGUUCUUUUUGUCUUGAUUGUGUAUUUUGUGGUUUUAUAUCUUGAUUUUGUGCACUGCCCUCAGACCCCCGGGUAUAGGGCGAUAUAUAAAUUCAAUAAUAAUAAUAAUAAUUAAUAAUAAUAAUGGCCUCCCAGGUAUAACAGCCUUUUCUUUUUCUGUCCCCUCGCUCACACAGAUGACCGGCCGCAAAGGGCGCCUGGUGCGGCGGCCGGACGGCUCCGUCGUCUUCGAGUCGCGAGCCGAGCAAUGCCUUUCCAUCGACCACGUGAACCUCAAGGAGAAGGAGCGCUUCAUGAACGGAGACAAA